CAAAGUAGAAUUGCAACGUGUCACCUAUUCUCUCACUACCCCAUGUUCUCACAGAGCAGCAGAGCAGAGGCUUCUCUGCAACAGCACUCAACCAAUCACAUUCCAAAACUGUGCAACUGCACCAGCCAUUCUCCGUUCAAGAAGAAACAAACACACGCCAACCAUUUUCACGACCCCUGAACCCAAAUCGAAAACUAUGCUCUACUCGAGCUUUCUUAGAGACAUUGCAGAAGAAGUUGCCAGGCAGCAAGCCCUCCUCCGUUCCCCAAAUGUGUUGAUCGUGGUCCGUUUCUUGGCUGCUGAGAAAUGUUGCAGCAGCAGCAGCAACACAUGGAGAUAAGUGCAAAGAAGAAGGAGCAGCAGAAGACCCAUAGUUAUCAAGGAAGAUGUUUCAGAAGGAGUGUGCUUCUUCAGCAAAGAAUGGUGGAGACCUUAGAAUCUGCGACUUCAACCGGGAACGACGUCGUUCGGUCAAUAUUCCCUCCACCUUCCUUUUUGUACUUUUUUUUUGUGGGUUUGGUAUAACCUUCUUGGGUUGUUAACUAAUCGCGGGACUGGCUGGCACUAAUCCUCAUUCAGGGAUGCACCAAAGCUUACCACCCUGAAUGCGCGGGGAAGGCGGAAUUACUGGAAAUGCGGUUGGCAUUCUUGCAUGCACUGCGGGAAAUCGCCGAAAUUCCAUUGCUACAGUUGUCCGAAGGCUGUUUGAGGGCGCUGCCUCUGUGAUGUCCAGUUCGGCAUUGUGACGGAUACCAGAGGAAUCUGUGAGCACUGUUUGACCCUCUCUGGGCUGAUUGAAGGCACAAAAACUCCAGUCCCUGGCCAGGUCUUAAACGCCUCUUUUGCCUGGUUUUGUAAUGACCUGGUUCUGGUGAGAUUUUAGUUUGGUGGGUCGUUCUUGGGAUGAGUCAGACCAUGGUGAUGUGAGUUCUGGUAAACGAAGUAAAGUGAGGCGUAGGGGUUAAGGUUAGUGAGGGAAAGCGUCCAUUCAAGAUGAAAAGAUUUAUGUCGAAGAAAAGGGAGUUCAGUGGAUGGGGCUCAAAGGUGCUUGUUGCAUUCCUUGCAUCCAUAGGUAAAGACACUUCUCAGCAACUGUCUCAGCACGAGGUUGCUGAAAUCAUCAAGAGGUACGCGGCUGAGAACAACCUAUUCGAUCCGGAGAAAAAGAAGAAAAUUGUCUGCGAUGCAAAACUCUUCAUGUUUUUUGGGAGGAAAUCUGUCAACAAAAACAGAAUACUUGGCCAUCUGACUAAGCAUUUUGCUGAUAACCAAUCGGAUGAUGAUUUGGACUUAGCAGAAGAAGAUUGGUUUGUGGCUGAUGAUGAGGAUGAUGUUCAAGUGACCAAUAAGAAACCAAGAACCUCGGAAGCUGUCUGCCGGGACAAGGUAGCAGCAGUUCCUAUUGUGAGGAGGAGCUGCUUUGCAUCAGUGACUACCGAGAACAUGAAGCUUUUGUUCUUGAAGAGACGUGUAGUGGAGGAGCUGUCGAAGGAUUCUGAAAAUUUCGAUGCAAAGAUUAUAGGAAGCUUUGUGAGAGUCAAAGCUAAUCCGUAUGACUACACACAGAAGAACUCACAUCUCCUUGUACAAGUGGGAGGUGUAAGGAGACAAAUUGAGGAAUCAGCAGACUCUAUUCUUCUGCAACUUUCUGAUAUGAUGGGAGAGAUGCCAAUAUGCAAGCUUAGUGAUGACAACUUUACCGAGGAAGAGUGUGAGGACCUGCGUCAGCGUGUGAAGAAUGGCUUGCUCAAGCGGCCUGUCAUUGUGGAGUUUGAGGAGAAGGCCAGAGCUCUCCAUGAAGCUAUUACAAACGAUUGGAUUCAGCGAGAAUUGGUCAUACUAAAACGCCUUCGUGACCAAGCUAGUUUAAAGGGAUGGAGAAGAGAGCUUGCCGAGUACAUAGAAAGAUUGGUCAAACUUCAGACGCCUGAAGAGAAAUCUCGGUUGUUACAAGAGAUUCCAGAGGUUGUUGCCGAUGAAGAAGAGGUGGAACCUGCAUCUGAAGAAAUUUUUAAGGAUGAACAUGAAGUUGUCACAGGCCCAGAAAUAGCUCUGAGGUUUUCGAGAGGGAGUAGGAUUAUUUGGUGUCCAACCGACCCAGCAGAUAUUGCAGGACAUGGAAUUGAUGAUAGCUGUCCUUCUGGACUUACUAGAUGUGCAAGGUUGUCUGACAAAGAAGACGAAGGCAGAGAAGAGAAGAGCAGAAAGACCAAAACUGAUCAUCAAGGAGAUGAAGUUGGUGAUAAAAAUCCUUCUGGACUCUCUACAUGUCUCUGGUCUGACAAAGAGAACAAAAGCCGAGAAGAAAAGAGCAAUACCACCAAAGCAGGUCAUAAAAAAGGAGAGGAAGUUGGUGAUCACUGUUCUCCUGGACUAGCUGGGUCUUUCUGGUCUGACAAAGAAGGGAAAAACAGAGAAGAUAACAAGACCAUAAACACUAAAACCGAUUGUCAAGCUGAACUGCAUCAACAGUCUGGUGGAGCUGCCUUUAAAACAAGAUACGAGGGGAUGCUUGAAAUACAGAAUCAAGAAGCAGCAAAGAAGGAAAGGCUUCAUCAGGAAGCUAUGCACAAGAAUAAUGUAUACCAUGAACUACUUUCAUCCAGAGUAGAAAUCGUCCAUUUGAGCGAACCUGACGAUGCUAUUUCAGCUAGCAACCCGGACCAGUGGGAAUCAUCUAAACAACCUAAUAAGCAUCUUGACCAGGGGAAGAAGCAGCAGCAGCAUUGUGCAGCAGCAGCAGCUAAUGUGGUAUUAAUAGAUCUAAGCGAUGAUGAUGAGGAUGUUGACGAUGAUGGUAAACAGCAGAGUACGAGUCCUAUGGUCAGCAGUAAACAAAAGAUCGAUGUAAAUGCUCGAGUAUGGAACUGCAUGAAUCCAAAUGGGGCAAAACUAGAAGGACCAUACUCGAUGUUCAUGUUGAAGCAAUGGAAGGAUACCAGCACUGGUCCCUAUGUGGCACAGUUCAGAGUCUGGAGGGAAGGCCAAAGCAGAGAAGAAGCUAUCCUUUUGGGUGAUGCUAUUAGUCAAGCUUAUGGUCCAAGUUUGUGAAAUCCAAUCAAUCUGGAAAAAUGAGCCAACUCCUUGGAUGAAGAACGACAUUGGUAACAUCUCUAAGAUAUUGAAGUUUAGGGGGUUAGGAAAUCCCCAGAUCGGCCAGUCUUCAGUUUUUCGUUUGAUGUUAAUUCUGGGCCUUUUGACAGCAACCUUAAGAGCACCAGACUAGAUCAAAUGUUACCAUUUGUAAAGCGAUGCUCCGUUAAUAAUGGGCAGUGGCUGUAAUGUGAAUUGUGCCUGCUUCU